UGGCGCUAAACCGACAACACUUGCGCACCUCGAUCCUCACUGACCAGAGCAUUCACGCAGAGCAGAUCCACCCGAAUAUCAAAUAUCACCAAGAGGAUGUCCCACUUUAUCGCCACCCUCCUCCUGUGCUGCGCCGCCGUUAUCCUGGGCAGCCAGCUGGCCCAGGCGGCCAUUGCUCGGGCCGACUUCAGCAAUUCCAGCCAUCCGGGAAAGUGUGUUCUGGACUCCAACACGGUGAUGUCGCCAGGGCAGGUGGGAAAGGCACCCAAUCAUCCAUGCGCCGGCGUCACCUGCAUGGAGGGCGGUCGCGUCGAGUUCAAGACCUGUGACGCCAAGGCGCCACCAAAGGGCUGCAAGCUGCGCGACUUUGUCAAUAUCAAUCGCAGUUUUCCCGAGUGCUGUGAGCGCUCCCACGAAUGCGCCAAACUCAUCUAAGCAGGGUUGACCAACUCCCUGUGUUACUGGUGCUGCUUCUCAUCCUUUUAUUUGUUUGUGUUUUUUUUGUUUUUUUUUGUUGUUUUAUUAAUUUAUUGUGUAUUCUACAACAUAACAGUUAAAAUUUAAACGCUUAGCAGUACAAUUAAAUAAUUUAAUAGAAUCAUUAACAGA